GAGCCUCGCCAUUACGACGUAAACACCUGCGAGUCCCUUUAACUUAUAUAUACGAAUUGUCAUAUAGACCAGACGCCGUCUCGCUGCUCAUCAGCCCUCGAUCACCUUCUCGUUCCCCCCUCCUCACGUGGCAUUGGCCAAGGCCUUUCUCCCCUUCCUUCGACAUCGACUACAACCUCGUACCACUCCUCUCCUUCUGACCCCAGGGAUUACAUCCAAUAUGCCCGGCCUCAAAACUAUUAUCGCCCUCUCCUUCGUCCUCGCCGUCGGGUUCCUGUUGGUCAUCCUGUCGUGCGCGCUAUGGAAAAGGUACUAUCCACUGCUGGUCGUGGCAACCUACAUCAUCGCGCCACUGCCCAACUGGAUCUGCAGCCGGUGCGCCAAUCCGGACGAUUACGUUGAGAGCUCAGGGAACGCCGUGCUGGAUCUCGGGAGGUUUUGUACUGGGUUCUUGGUCCUGAUGGGCAUCGCCCUACCCGCCGUCCUUGCGCAUUCCGACCUCAUCACCACCGGGGCCAUGGUCAUGUCCAUCGCCGGCGGUCUCCUUAUCUACGGGACCAUAAUCAGCUUUGGCAUGUUCUUCCAGGAGGAGUCGGACUUCUGACUAGCCGGGGAGGCCGAGUGAAGGCCGACGUCGACAAACCAACGAGCAGUAUCUACGGCUCUCUGGCAGGGAUGGGAUGCUGCGUCUUAAUAAAGAGACGCUCGGGACAGAAAACCAGAAGAAAGCCUUGUCCUGUGUCAGAACUAUCAAAGAAUAUAUUCACUGUACGAUUCAUCGGUCUGUGGACGGGGCAUCGUGGGGUGAUUUUUCCCCUCGUAAGGCGAGGUUUGGGUUUGCUUUUGGGUUUCUCUGGGUCAGGGGGAUUGUUUUAUUCUCUCUCAUGUGGUGCUGGGAAUUAAGUACUUGCGUGCAAUGCAUUUGAAUUUCGAUCUCUCC